AGAACGAGAACCAAAAACGUUUGUGUACGAAAAAACUGAAACUGUUUUCGCACAUCGUCAAGAUCGUGAUCAGAUCUACCAAGGACGAUGCGAGGAUCCCUGCGACUGCGUGCUUGAUGAGGUGGCUACAGAUUACUUAUAAGAAAGAACUUAUGCCGAAGGGUGACAACUGACAACCAUCAUAAUGCUACAUAACCCUGCAGAAAAAAGGGCAUCUUCUUUGUCCAGUUGUAGCAUCCUCGCUCGGCCGCUACGGACGUUGCCCCUUCUGCUUGUGGUGCUUUAUUCCCACGUAGUGCCGAAAGCCGUUCAAGCUGAAGUGCAUGAGUUUCGAGUGCGUCGGCCAGAGUCUCGGACACUAGAGAUAUCGCACUCAGUAACCGUCACCGCCUCUGCGUCCGCACCAGGUGAAAUCAGUGUGGAUGCCUUCAUAGCGAGUGGUCGGGCAACAGAGCGAGGAAGUAGAGGUACCGAAGGUUCUUCCUACCUUGAGACAACACAGAAAAGCAGAAGAUCGGAUCAGCAUGGUCCCGACGUUGCGUCGACACUACUGCAAACGUCGGCUCCUUCAUCGCUAGUCCAGGUGAUUUUGAUCAGGGCCGAUGAUUUUGACCGGUUAGACAGAGAGGCCUUUUGCUGCCCGCUGCAUCCGGGGUCGGAUGCGCAGAGGUUACAGCUGGAGCGCGAUGGGUGCUUGUUGUCGCACGGGAGCGAUUCCACUGCAGGAGAGCAAAUAAAGGAUGUGCGAGAGAAGCCCAACGAUGACGAGGAAAUGAAUCUUGCCAAUAAAGACCAAUACAGGAGAGAUGGAGCAGGAAAGAUGUCACCGCAGCGCUCGAGGAGCACAAGCACUGCCAGCUACGUUUCCGGAAUCAAAUACGCACAUGGAAAGGACGCCUUUGUACUGGCAGCUGCCGUGGACACGGUUCACCAAGCCCCCACCGCAUUCAGUGUCACUGAACCUGGUAUGUAUUACGCAGGAAUAGCAAAUUGCGGCCAGGACAACACUCUGCCUGUUCGAAGUGGUGCGCAAAAGCAGGACGGCGGCGCACACCAAAAUCAAGUGGAUUUAGAACCAUCUGCAUCGUCCUUUAUGCUCCAUGAGAAUGUUGUGCACGGUCGCAUACUGGUGCGAUCGAGUCACGGUUAUUUGCCUGCCGUGGAUGCGCCUGCUUUAACUUUCAACGCGUGGAUGCUGGUUUUGUCCACUGCCUUCGUCGCUUGGUGGGGCUACUUGUGCAGAAAGUGGCGCUCGGAGUUGGUCCCUUUGCAUUUCGCACUAUCCGGUCUCCUUGCGCUUACUUGGCUUGUUGCCUGUAUGCGCUACAACCUCUACAGCUCCGCAAAUGACUUGCCCUCUUCAAUAUUAGAACAGAAAGUACAUCAUGACCAUCAUGACCAUGAGACGGUUCCGGGAGACACGGCACAAACCAGAGCGUCUCUUCUCGAGCUUGCUCUUGCUGUGCGGUUUGCAUUGUGGUUGGUAGUUUGUCUUGCAAUAUCUCUGGGUUCGGGAACCAUUGCAGAGGACCCCAAAAUUUCUGCAUUGCUCUUCUACGCAGCGGCCUAUGUCUCCUGCGCGAUUGGCAGGGUACUGCCUUGUGUUUGAUAACAGAGACAAAAGACAUUUCAUCUUUGUGAUAGAUAAGAUCCUUUCAGCGCUGUAACAAGAAUUUUGAUAUCUAACCAUGAUCAAUGAGCAGCUUUUCCGCCAACCAGGUCGGCGCAUCAACAAUCCCACUGAGUGCCACUUCGCUUUCCCUCUUCAGACCUUUUUCGCUCGUACCUUCGGUUUAUGGGCAUUUUUGGUUGAAGAUGCAGAAGACGCGCAGCAGCUCGUGAAAAACGAUUCAGCGCGUGGACAGCUAUCCACGGUCCGUGCCGCUACCGACGACGGUGCUUCGUACAGGACGAUACUUUUAGUUAUCCCCGAGGCUGCUGUCUUUGGGUUUAUCGUACAGUAUGGAAUUUCUUCCUACAGGCGCUUGAAAUCGAGCUUGAUCGAGGUCAAGCAGGUGGAGUCACUGGCAAAAGUCUCUACAUUCGGCGCGAUCAUAUACUAUGCGGCUCUUGGUAUCAUGAUGAAGUACUUCACUCUAGUUCAUCUCGUAUGAUACCCGUCUCGCUCGUCUUGGCUCCCACCUCCUAUUUGGAAAUAAGCGCGACCAGGCCACUUUACUAGCUCUAGCUCGCAGCUUCUAUUUCUCGUCUCUUGUUGCAACCAUAAGUAGAUGAAUUACCACCUUUAUGAUCCCUUCAUGAUAGGUGUUGGGCUGUUGACUUUCUUCGAUUUUUGUCUCGAUCUGGGUGUUGACAUUCACCGUCGUUGGUGGCUAUUGUGGGUAUUCGAUGAAGGCGGUCCCAACAGCGUUUUCUUCCUCACUGUUCUAUGCCUAUUGCAUUUGUUUCAACCUGCAGAGAACUUCCGUUUCAAGUGUUCCAGCACACAGAUCGCAGUACACGACAGCAUUGCUUUGCGAGAGGAUGGCAAAACGCCAACGCAUGGAGGAACAGGCGAGAUGAGGGGAGGAACUAGUGUUAAGGCUUGCCCUAGUCCAUCUCUAUAGGGUGGAUUCCUCAAUUCUAUAUAUAAAGUGGAUAUUAUUAAUUCUAAUUCUUAUUUUUCUUGGGGGAUCUGGUUGUAGAUCUCUACAGGGAUGGACGAGGGAUGGCUCUAAUAGUGCGAUUGAAAUGGUCGACUCACCGUCAAGACGAGGGCGAACACUUCCGUCAGGAGACACAGCGUUGGACAUCAGCCAAGACGAUAGUUAGGUCAUUUGGUUCCAAGAAUUAUAGUCACUCACCAUCUACUUCUACUUGUUGUUGUUCUUGUUGGUUACGUUCUUCUUCUUUCUGGGGCGUUAGAAGUAAGCUAGUUGUACUACAUGUACUUCGUUACAGGAUCUCUUCUUAGAAGCAGGAAACAAAAACUGUUAACAAGAUGCUACAAGUUCACCUAUUAUUUAAUACUAAGAAGUAAGCGCCACUUGUUUUUUUCGCUCAAAAACUUUUAUCUUUUUUCACACGACUCAUACUCAUAGAGAGGGACUCUAACCCUCCCGCAUCUUCCAAGACGAUUCUAGGCCGCCGACUCCCGUGGCUUCUGGAGCAAGUCAGCCGUCUCGGGAGAAGAUAGAAGGGACGACAUCUGGCUUUUUUGGCGACGACCACGACAUGAUGAGCGAUGUUGCAUUGUCUGACAGGUCUCCUGGGUCUUCUCAAGAGAAUUCACAGGAUACAGGUACAGGUUUGAUGCAGAUGAUUGAUGUACAGGAAGAGGAAGACCCAGAGCAUCAGAAAGGCGAGGCCACAGGGACAGGUAGAGAGGAAGAACAGGUGAGGUACCUGGAGUAAUUUCCUGUAGCUGUUGUAGUGUGUAAUAGCAUGUCCUUAAUAUGCAGCGUACAAUGUCUCUGUCUGGAUACUUACGUUGUUCAUGUCGGAGUCGCUCAUGUCUGAGUCUGUUAUAGUACUUACACUAAAAGCCUACCUAGUAAUGUCAACUUGUCGUAAAAACGACUUGAACUUUUGCUACAAGAAGCUGGCAAACUGAGUAUUGAUUUUCUUGACUGCCACCCACGCGGCAGAAUCUGUUUCUACUUGAUGGUCGUGU